GUUGAGAAAGGUCGUGAAAUCCGUAGGAAAGCCAAAAGCACUGAAGGCAGAGAGCAGAGAGAGCAAAGCAAAGCCAUGGCGUUGGCGAUGACGCUCUCUUCCUCUCCUACUACCUCCACUUCUGCAACUGCCCUAAUUUCUCAUCCUCUCUUUCCUCGCACUGCUUUUCUUCGUUUCCCGACCACAACAAGAAAGCCUUUCUUGAACUCGUGGAGACAAUUCUCGGUUUCCGCUUCGGUUUCUUCUUCCCCUGCUCUCCAAGCUCUCAUUUUCGAUUGCGAUGGCGUAAUCCUUGAAUCCGAGCACUUGCACCGCCAAGCUUACAACGACGCUUUUGCUCACUUCAAUGUCCGCUGCUCUUCUUCUCCCCAGCCUCUCAAUUGGGGCACCGAAUUCUACGACGUGCUCCAGAACCUUGUCGGUGGUGGCAAACCCAAAAUGCGAUGGUACUUUAAGGAGCAUGGAUGGCCAUCCUCGACUGUAUUCGAGUCGCCUCCGGAGAACGAUGAGGACCGUGCGAAGUUGAUCGAUAUUCUGCAGGAUUGGAAGACUGAAAGGUACAAAGAAAUUAUCAAAUCUGGGACCGUGGAGCCUAGACCUGGAGUUUUACGAUUAAUGGACGAGGCCAAGGCUGCUGGGACAAAGCUCGCAGUUUGUUCUGCAGCUACAAAGAGUUCAGUUAUAUUGUGUCUUGAAAACCUUAUAGGAAUUGAGCGAUUUCAAAGUCUUGAUUGCUUCCUUGCUGGUGAUGAUGUGAAGUUGAAAAAGCCUGAUCCAUCUAUUUAUCUGACAGCUGCAAAGAAUCUAGGUGUAUCACAGAGAGAUUGUUUGGUCGUGGAGGACAGCGUUAUUGGGCUGCAGGCGGCAACAAGUGCUGGUAUGUCAUGUGUGAUUACCUACACAUCUUCAACAGCAGAACAGGAUUUUAAAGAAGCAAUAGCAAUCUAUCCUGACUUGAGCAAUGUGAGACUGGAAGACUUGGAACUGUUACUUCAAAAAGUUGUCACUGCCAAAUAGUAAAUUUAUUUUGUUCUUUGGAAUUUGAAGAACUUGUGUAGCUUACAUAAAAAUUUCGGCUGAAAUUGGAGGUGCUAAAUUAUCUUUUUGGCAUUGUCAUUAUUUAAAUUUGUCGCUAUAAAUGAUUUUGUAAUCUAUUCAUUGAUAAUUCAUGUACAGGUAAAAAUAAGAACGAAAAAUUUACUAGUUGCAUGAAGGCAUUUGGAUUA